ACCGAAACCUGACAGGCAUUUAGACCAUGCAAACAAUCCGUCAUAUGACUGGUACCCUUACGAAAACACUGCAAGGCGGGGGAAAUAAUAAUCAUUGUCCGUGGUGGUGCUGCUGUUGCAAGGGAACCGCAUCUUUUCCGAUGUCUUCAAGCUGCCCGGAUCGUUUGUUUAUCUGCGGCUCCCCGUUUAUUAGUGUCAUCACCGGCCCUUCUCGGUCGAUAGAAUGAAAGGAUGGCCAAGCGGCGAGAUUCGGACGAGGAGAGAGGAGAGCUGAUCGGCCCUGCUGCGGUCCAGCGAGAUGAGACGCCGUAUCCCGGGAUGGCAAAAAUGGACGGAAUGGAGGAAAGAGGGGGAAGUGAACUGUCUUUAGAGGAGAUUUUAAUGCUCUACAGCCAACCGAUAAACGAAGAGCAGGCUUGGGCAGUGUGUUACCAAUGCUGCAUAAACCUGGCUCAGGGGCAUAGGAGGAAUUCUGGCCCAGCUGCCGGUGCAUCAGUGGUGGAUACUGCGAAGAGGAUUGAGGGACCACAGGAUGUAAGGAUUCAGAAAGACGGAGAUGUCAAAUUUCAAUAUGAAGGCUGUGAUGGUAAAUCCAUCCCAGCCACAUCCACAGAGGUGAUUGAGUCUCUGGGCAUCAUGAUCUACAAGGCGUUGGACUACGGACUGAAGGAGAGCGAGGAGCGGGAGCUGAGCCCACCCCUGGAGCAGCUCAUAGACCUCAUGACCAACAUGGGCGAGGCCGAGAGAGACGCCUGCCCUGACGAAGGUUACGAGGCCACCGAGGAAGAGGAGGAGGCCGAAGACGACCUCAUCAACAUCUGUAAUGUUCGUGGCUACAGGGACAUCCUGAGGAUGUGUGUGUCUCACCUCCCCAGCCCUGGCGACGCCCCCAGCCACUACCAGGCUGUGUGCCGUGCUCUCUACGCUGAGACCAGGGAGCUACGCUCCUUCCUGGAGAAGAUCAAGAGUGCCAAAGAGAAUCUUCGGAAGAUGGGUGGCGAGCCAUCUGAGGAUCCCAGCAGAGACCUAAAUGAGCUCCAGAAUGCGGACUGGGCUAAGUUCUGGAUGCAGGUGAUGGGAGACCUGCGGAACGGGGUGAAGCUGAAGAAGGUCCAGGAGCGCCAGUACAACCCUCUGGCCAUCGAGUUCCAGCUCACGCCCUACGAGAUGCUCAUGGAUGACAUCCGCUCCAAACGCUACAAACUACGCAAGGUCAUGGUAAACAACAACAUCCCACCAAGGUUGAAGAAGAGCGCCCAUGAGGUCAUCCUAGACUUCAUCCGGUCCAGACCUCCUCUCAACCCUGCAGCAGCCAGGAAGCUGAAGCCCCAGCCCCAGGUUCCUCCCACUCUGCACGAGAGGAUCCUGGAUGAGAUCAAAUCUGAGAGGAAACUGAGACCUGUCUCUCCUGAUGUGAUCCGCAGGAGCAGGCUGGUAAUUCGGCCUCUUAGCAUGUCUCAAAGUUUUGACUUGUCAGGUGGAGGCAUAUACUACAGCACUCCACAGUUGAUCCUUACACGUCAAGAUGUGUCCAGCCCUGACGGCCGCAGGAAGACUUCCAGCACCAUGACCCUCAGCAGUCUGUCCAAUGGGGGGCCAGGGGCACCAGGGGGUGGAGCCCAGGCCCUAUGUCAGAGGAAGAGGCUGAAAGCACCCACCCUGUCAGAACUGGAGAGCUCCGACUCUGACGAUGACAUCACCAUUGGGGGUCAAAAGUCAGCUAGUAGCUCCAGUGUCUCUACAUCGGUGGUGGACGACACCUCUCCAGAGUCUGUACUGGGCAGGAAGACUCCACCCAUGUUCCUGCCCAUCUCCUCCACCCCCCAGCCUGAGAGACGGCAGGCCCCCCAGAGGAGACACUCCAUUGAGAAGGAGACGCCCACCAACGUACGGCAGUUCAUACCCCCAUCCAGACAGAGCUCCAAGUCUCUGGUUGGGAGGAUAGCCCACCAUCUGUUCCCCUGGACCCCCCUCCUCCUCCACUCCCCUCCCUACACCCUCCACCACUUAUGGAGCUCCUACCCCGUCGAGGUGUUUGUCUUGGGCAUGGUGUGGUCUGCCCUGUCUGCUCUGUACAGGGGAAGAAAGCCUGUCAAGGAGGAGUUCUGUUUCCCGGUAGAAUGCUUAUCCCUGACGGUGGAAGAGGUAAUGCACAUCAGACAGGUGCUGGUCAAAGCAGACCUGGAGAAGUUCCAACAAUACAAGGACGUGUACAACGCUAUGAAGAAGGGAAAGCUUUGCUUCUGUUGCCGAUCCAAAAGGUUUUCCUUGUUCACCUGGUCCUACACCUGCCAGUUCUGCAAAAGGCCUGUGUGUUCACAGUGCUGUCAAAAAAUGAGGCUGCCCUCCAAGCCCUAUGCCAACCUGCCCAUCUAUUCCCUGGGCUCUACCACCACUCUACCCAGGGACCGGGUAGCAGCCCUGGGGAAAGCUGCCAGUAUAGCUGGUCCAGCAGCAGCAGUUUCAGCAGGAAAAGGAAAAGCAGCAGCCUCAGCAGCAGCAGCAGGACCAAGCAGAGAAGCAGCAGCCCCCAAGCCUGAGAAGCCUUCUACCAGCCACCAUCGCCUCAGCCUUCAGAAGACCAUGUCCAAGUUGUCUAAGCACGGUAGUCUGGAGAAGUCCCAUUCCCGUGACGAGGUGGAGCUCCCAGCGGAGCUGACGCAGGACUGGAGCACCAUGGAAGUGUGUGUGGACUGCAAGAAGUUCAUCCACGACAUCAUCUCCUCCAGCAAGCACAGCCUCUCCCUGGCCACCAAGCGGGCGCGCUUAAAACGCAAGACCCAGUCCUUCUACAUGUCGUCCCCCAAGGGAGCUGAUUACCGACCCUCGGAAAGAACAAUCAACGAGGUCUAGACUCUCCCCUCGUCAUUGUCUACCUUCUCCACUGUCUUCUAGCUACUUCCAGAACUUAUGGCACAAUACAGAACUCUGACUGACUGGGUUUUGAUCUGGAUGACCGUGCUGCGAUCCGGCCUAUACCAGUAGACGUGUCUAGUUUAGUCUGUCUGUCGAUGCUGUCAGAGCGGGCUGUGGACCUUUACUUUUCUUUGGAGGAAUGUGGACUGUGUAGUCAGUGCUUGUUGCUAUGUUCUCUGAUCGUCACAUACAGUACCAGUACUUUCAGACAAAAGGAUACUAGUCCAUUUUUAUACAAUAUUUUGCUCAGUAAUGUAAAUGUUCCCAUAAUGUUCUGCCAUAGAGAGGUGGUUAAGGACACUGAAUGAUCAAAUGUAAAGUAUGAGGUGGUGUAAAUAUUCAAAGUGGUAUGGCCUCAAUCACCCCCUAUACUGGCACAAUUGGUGGAAUGUGGUAGGAGCUACUCGCCCACCGAAAAAUCAAUAAGCACAAGGCAAAAUAACGCUCCAUAUUUGAAUUCCUCAGGCUGUGGUAUUCUAUUGUAGGAGAGUAGGUGUAAUGUUAACAACACAAGUCACAUACUGAGAGCUGUGAACACCUUAAAGUGGAGACAAUAUGAGACAAAAGCAACAAACGAUUGGAUGAUGACUUGAAAGGAUAUAGAACUGUAGAUGUUUUUUUUUUACAAGUUAUAAUUUUCUAUGGUAUGGUAUACAUGUGUACAUAUGGUUCGGCUUAGAGUCAGGUGGUUUGUGAUGAAAAGUUGCCUCCCCCUUUUUACUCUUCUUGACAUGUUCAGGUUGUUUUUAGCUGACGGUACAAUAAUGAGUUAUGCUCAUUGAUGUUCUCUGGGUUCUGUGCGGUCUUGAUGAAGCAUCAUUUUACCAUAAAGAAUAACAGGUAAACAAACAGCGUCUCACUUUGCUCAAAGUUGGAUCAUACCCAUGAAGGUAGCCCAAACCUCUCACCUGUCUCUCCGUAGGCGUAGGGUCUACAGGAAUGUCAUGUGUCAGCGUUAGUGCCAAAAGAUUCCCUUCUGUCUAAACCAUAAUAUAAAACCCAAAUAAGUAUUUUUUUCUGGUGUAAAUACUCAUUGACCUCGUUAUAGAUCGCCAUCGCAGCUCCCGAUUUAGAGCAUGCUUCUCCAAAAGACGUCAGACUACGGAAUAUACUUACUAUAGAAAUAGAAAGAAUAGAACGGGCGUCCCCAUUCAAGUCAAUGAUGGCAUAAUGGGUGGACUGGCAGCCAUUUUGAGUGUACCCAUGCCUAGGUCACAAAUAUAUAGGUUAAGACAACGUUGUCAUAAAUCUGGGAACAGUGCCGUUGCUAACUACCAUUGUUGUAUAUUAUUAUGGGAUAUUAGAAUCCUGUUGUCUUAACCUUUGUCAUCUUCAACCUAGACCCAUGCCAGGAAGUAAAAUCAGGAUGUGUACCCUUCAUACUGUGCUGUGAUGUUUUGUUGAGUCAACUCAACUGACAUUACAAAAAAAUGUAUUCCAUUGCUUGAGUCAGAUCAGUUAGCUUCAUUUGAAUGAACAGUCUUCAUUACCAUGGCAAUCCAGCAUCAGUUGAUAGAACAUUCCAAAUAACCAUGGAAAUUAUCUCAUCGCAAUACCAGUCAUGGUAUUGUACAUGGAGUGUACAGAUGAGUUUACCAGUCAAAUUUCCAGAGUUAGCACUUCCAAGCCUGUUCUAUUCAUUCUAUUUCAAUGAUACUAACGCUAUGACAUGAUGAAGGAACAGUAUUGACACAGUAUUUGUCACUGGUAGUUGAACACACGCGAUAUCAUUGAGCAGGUACAGUAAUUGUGCUAGAUAAUCAUAACAAAAGCAGACACAAACAGUAGAAAUCCCUUUUUGUCAAUAUUUUGUAUAGCCUGUGCCCCCAAAAAUCAUCUAGUCUGUCCCAGUAACAAGCAUGCGCCCCCAGAAAUAUAUGCAUAUAUGAAAUGAUCUCAAAUUGUCUUUCUUUGCUUUACAAUAGUUAUGGUAUGAUUUAACAUGCUUAAAACCACCCUCUGUUUUAUUGUAUAGGCAGCAAAGAAUGGUAUUACACGCUACUCUACUGUUCAACUCAAAGCCUCAAAAUGAUGCCUUCAUGAAUUUGUAUAUCAGUUGUGUGUGACUGUGGUGUGUCUUAACCAUACAGUUUGUCUCUAAACCAGAAGCAGAAGUAUAUUUCGGGAGCCAGGAAUCAGGAUGUAUGUAUAUUAAAGUGACUAUUACAAAUCCAGUCUUGUUCCUUAUAUUUCUGCCUUAAAUACACUGCCUUCUUCUCUCAUCAUUAACAUAUUGUUGUGACAGAUUGAAUCCACAGCGACUCAGCAUACUGUAUGUAAAUAUUAUUUAUAGUAAUGUCCGUCCAUAGAGCAGGUCUGUGUUUCCUUGACACUUUACAUCACAACUAAAAUCCUUUGGACUUGGGGCUAUUAACUUAGCCUAGAUCCAAACUAAAUUGCUCUGUUUGGUAAAGUGAAACAGAACUAUUCAGUUAGGAUCCAGGCUACUAUUAACUAGCUUAGAGAUUGUUUCUCACAAAACAAGUCAUUGCAGGACAAAAUAUGGACUACAAUAAGUAGAGGUGAUCUACUGUGUGGUACAUAAAAGAAAGCCCAAAAUGUGACAGCAACAUGCAUGUACUGCUGUGUAGCUUGUAUCUUUAAUCUGUUCAAACCUUCCAGAUGUAACUCCCUCCCAGAGAGUUGAAGAAAUUAUGACAAAGAAUAAUAAAAAUGUAAUGCAAUACCUUUAUAA